UGCGGAAGUUGUCGCCGGUAGAAACCAGCGAAAGGGGAGUAGGUCCCUAGUCCUAGCUCAGUGGAGUGGAUACAUUAUUCGUUCAUCCUUCUGUUUAUUCAUUGUUUGAGGUCCCAUAUUAUUUUGCCUCUGUGACUUGGAUACAACCGAAAAGGACACUAACUGCACUGUGUGCAUUUAGCCUCAAUUGCAGAAUUUACAAGGCUCCGCCAUAGAGAUGACCAGGCUGUGACGGGUGUGUUCUGUGUAGGACUGACCCUGGCAUGGCUACUGCUAGGAAGAGCUCUGCGGCAAAGGCGGGGGGUGUCAGUUUCUCAGAAGAGCCAGCCACCGCUACUGAUGGCACUCCCUCCCAUGUCCACUUUGACAAGAAGCUCCACGACUCUGUCGUCAUGGUGAUCCCUCAGCCCGAUGGGAACUUCAUGGUCAAGGUUGGUUUUCUGAAGACCCAGCACAAGUAUGAGAUUGUCUUCGACCUCCCUGAGGUUCCAUCACUGGGGAAGGACGUGUGUCCAGCUCCUAUACCCAACCCUCACAUCUGCAUCACCAAUAUCAUUCCUGUAGCAGAGGGUGGUCUGAGAGUGACAUGUGAGUACAUGGCCCACCAGGAGGGGGUGCUGUGUGAGGAGGUGAUGCUGGUCAGUGAGAGCCAGGAGGACGUCUGUGUGGGGGUCAAGGUUCAAGCCCGCGUAAUGGACCGUCACCAUGGUACACCCAUGUUGUUGGAAGGUGUGCGUUGUGUGGGAGUGGAGCUGGAGUAUGACUCUGAACAGAGUGACUGGCAAGGAUUUGACUAGACCAGGCAAUGCAAGACACACACACCUUCAAACAAAAAAGACAGUGUCACAUAUAUUGGCAUUCACCAUCCACUCUGCUCCGAACUAUCACUGACCAUUCAAGAUGUUUUGGUCCAAAAGGAGGAUAAAAUUAUGAAAUGGACAGUGGUUCUUCUUUUAAAGCAAGGCUAAUGUGAUCAGAUCUCUGAGCAUACCUCCAGUAUAGUUAGUUAAUGCAUCUGAAAUGCAUCUGAAACAGGUACUGUUUUUUAAUUGUCAUUAGUACUGCAAUGACAUACCCAACUGCCCACGCCUUUCCACUGAGUGCCCCUAUGUUGUGUUGAAUAUGUUUUCUGAGUAAACCUAUAGGGGGCAGCAAAGCUCAUGUAAUCAAUUCAGCACAAUUUCACCCAGCCUGACCUCAAAAGUACCAAUAGAGGUCGACAAAGACCACUAAAUGUAUCCCUCCCAUCUGAAUCCAAAGUUCUGGAUGACAUGGAGGGAUUGAAAAUGACUUAUUUGAAGUUCAUUAUAAUUAUAAUAAUCAUAACUAUACGCUAUGAAUCAAUUGCAAGUGCCUACAUUGCUGUACAGCUUUUACCAUCAACAACUGCAUUCUAUCCCUCUAGCACUCACUCACCUGCCCUCCAGGAGUUGAAAGAAUUUGGGGUUUGGUGGCUCUGCACUCAAGGAUAGGUCAGCUUUCCAAGACAUUUUAAAUUUUAUUGAGAUGUAAAAUGUAUAUUCAGUGUAUUUUGCAAGGAUGAAAGAUUGGUGCCAUCAGUACCAUUGGUAGUAGAUCCGCACAGAUUUUCAAUGUUAGGCUUUUAUAUGCAUUCUAAGCAAGAAGAGAAAGUUUUGAACAUUUUGUUUAGGCCACCAUGAAUCUGCCUUAAUCUAGUUCCCCUUCACCCCCAAACCCCUCACCAUCCUCUCUGAGCACUCAUACUCUCGUUGCAACCUAAUAUCUUAGUAAGAAGUAUAGUUAGUCACUGUUUACUGUCAAUGGCUAGUCACUGUAAAUGCAUAUUCCCAUCAAAUAAGAAUAUCUAGUACAAUCAGUCUCCGUAUUUCACAUAGCUAAAUGGACUUAAACCUGUUUUCUUUAUCAUAUCAGACAAUCUACAUGUGUUAAAUGUGUUUGCCCUUAAUUGAGAAGAACCUUUAUCUUUUGUGUUUAUAUGUCGGUGUAUAAUAGGCUCUGUAAUGUCUUAAAGUUAUCCCUUGUUGUCUGGUGUCCAUACUAAAUUCACGCUCCCAGGUUGGGGUCAAUUCCAUUUAAAUUCCAAUCAAUUCAGGAAGUACAUUGGAAUUCCAAUUCUCUUCCAUGCUUUUCAAUGUGGAUAAUUUGGAAUUGGAAUUUGGUUUACUUUCUGACUGGAAUUUAAAUGGAAUUGUCCCUAACCCUGCCAUGCUUCAAACGAUAGUGAAACGGAGCGUGGAUUCAGUUUAGAUACCAGCCGAUCUUGUCCCGUCGACAGCUUAAGAGUAGAAAAAGAGGGUGCACUAUUGUUCAUGCAGUCAGACUGAUCAAAAUAAUAUUCUCUGUUCUUAGCAGGGUUGGGGUCAAUUCCGUGUAAAUUCAGAAAGUAAACCAAAUUCCAAUUCAAUUCCAAAUUUCUCAUUGAAAAGCAUUGAAGAGAAUUGGAAUUUCAGUGUACUUCCUGAAUUAACAGGAAUUAAAAAUGGAAUUGACACCAACCCUGGUUCUUAGGUUACUGUAAUGAGGGAUUACUGUACUAGGAGGGGUGGAGCAUUUUGUCAGUCGAUACACUACAGAAUACAUGUUCCCUUAUAGGUGUUUGUUAUUGUGAUCGCUCUUAUUUUGUUAUCCCAUGAAGUAAUAAAGUUUAUGUAUUUAAAAAUAA